GUCCAGGUUGCUCCAGUUGACGGUAUCCAGUGCACUCCUAAACAUGUUGACCGAGGCGUAACUUUCUUUGUCCAGGACUCCAGGGGAAUUUCAUUCCAUAAUAGCGCUAAGCGACUUGAGAGAGAGUCCGGGGAGGAAGGCAGAGUGUUGUUAGUUGCAUUAUUGUUUAGUGAUUUUGUUCUGGAUCACAUUUACGGUAGGCUGCAUCGUGCAUCACUGAUUCACUAUCUACUGUUACGAUUACUUGUACCACCUUCCUUGUACUUAAGUGCACCUUCCUAUUUGUUUCGCUAGUUUGUGCAAGGUUUCCACAAUAAGCCUAAGCACUUACUGUAGAGAGAACUAAUUUGGGGAAUUUCAUGAAAUACUGUAUCUGGUUUCCCGCGGUACAAUGGCAAAAGAGUUUAACGAGAACUCAACACAGCCCCACCCUCAGUCUGGUAUGUAUCUGCCCACUUAAUUUCUGCAAUAUGCACGAUCGUUCGCAUGCAUUACUGGUUAGUCCUCCUCUUUUUGGACACAUCAUUCCCCUACUGGAAUUGGGAAAGAAACUGAUGGAUCAUGGAUACUUUGUUACAAUGGUCUUGUCCAAAAGCAAAGUGAACCAGCUAUAUCAACGGGAACUGAUUCCCGACCGCUUCCAGCCAGUGCUGAGGUUAGUCGGCAUUACAGACAAGAACGACGCGGAAUACGAAAUAGCGGACUACAACAUUGCCUACCGAAUGGAGCCGCUUCUUGUCUCAGUGUGUCGGGCGCUAAUCGCUGAAUCUACCAGGAGGAACGAUUUGUUGGGUUUGAUCGAACAAGGCGAUGUGAACGUAUUGGCUCCAAAUAUUUCUGCUGCUGAUGGAGAGAAGCCGAAUAUUGCUCAUGUAGAUUUGCGUAUUACCGUAAUCAUAACGGAUUUUUGCUUGACGGCCCCCAUCCAGGUCGGGCACUCGCACAACAUUCCAAGUUAUAUGUUUAGUGCGUUUUCAGCCAGUUUGCUGCGACAUAUGCUGGUUGUCACGAAAGACACGCCUGUUUGCAAAGAUGCAGUGGAUUAUGCUGACCGGAUACGCCCCAUUGAUCUCGCGACGAAUUUACCGAUGAUGACCGAAAGCACGAAAAACUUCAUUUUGCGAAUCAACGAUGCUGUUCCACUAACGUCGGGGUUCUUGGUGAAUUCUUUCAGGGAAUUUGACCCGGAAGCUGUGGAUAAUUUGGAAACAAAGUUGACUAGUUGGAAUGUACCGCUCAAGUUUGUCGGACCUUUGCUGGCUGUGACACAAACCGACUUCUCGCCGGCUACACGAAUGCUAGUGCAGUGGCUCGAUGAGCAACCACUACGCAGUGUGAUUUACGUCUCGUUUGGUUCGAUGGUUGUUUUGCCUGAUGAGCAGGUAAUAGAGAUAGCCACAGCUUUAAUGGCUCAUGGCAGUCCCGCAAUUUGGUCACUGCGUGAACAGCAACAGAACUUGCUUCCUCCGGAAAUCAAUACAAAAAUUGAAAAAUUGGCACACCAGCCAGGCGGCGUUAUCGUUUCACCAUGGGUGCCUCAGCGUACAGUUUUAGGUCAUCCGGCAACCGGUGCUAUGAUAACGCACUGCGGUUGGAACGGAACGCUAGAAAGUAUAUUUUAUGGUAUCCCGACACUGGUGUGGCCGAUAAUGGAUGACCAGCCUGUCAACGCAGAAAGUGCGGUGCAAAAUCGCCUCAGUGUGCAGAUUUCCCCGGUACACUUCACAAAUCCCUCGGCUAUAGUUCCAGCCGCUGAAAUCCAACAGAAGCUGACGGAAUUGAAAAAUGAGAAGUUUCUUAUGGCAGCCAAACACUGGGCGGAAGUCAGUCACGGGGCAGUAAGCAGCGGCGGAAGCUCCUAUCAGGAAUUCCACAAAACGUUCGUUAUGCAUGAUCUACUGUAAGCUUGCAGAUACACGACAGUUUAUAGAUUACGGCCUUUUAUUAAAUUCAUGAUGUUGCGCACAACCUUUCCAGUAGAAUAUAACUUGCAAAUAUGCUGCUAGUAAUUCAGAGGUAAAGUUGAUGAAUUCCUUAUUCCGAGCACUCAAGCAGAAUACAUUCGACAGCAAUA